AUGUCAUUUCUUAAAGGAAUUUCUCAAAGUAUGGUGGACUCUGCUCCGGUCUUCAAAGAUGCCUAUAGAUUGUUUCGUGACUGGAUGGCUCAUCACAAUCUGGGCGAUGUCGAUCAUCGUUAUGCAUUUGUAACAGACGGACCACACGAUUUGUGGAAGUUCUUCCAGUUCCAAUGCAUCUUGGUUAGCGUUAGCGCCAUUACCUUGGCCUCAGAUUUUGGAACAAUACCCCACGACUGUCGGCACUUCAUAAAUAUCAAACGAAUCUUUGAGCAACGCGUUAUGAAACUAGUGAAAGGCAACGGGCAGUCAGGAAUCCAAAAUAUGCUUUCUCACUACAAUCUCACUUUCGAAGGACAGAAACAUUGCGGUCUUGACGAUUCGAUUAACAUCGCUAGGUUAUGCAUAAAGCUUAUGCAAGACAAAAUCGAACUUCGGGAACGUCGUCUUGAGGAACUAGCAAAGUCUGACCGAGCUGAUGCGUCCGAUUACCACAUUUGGUAUAAGAAGCUGCCUUUAAAACUGCGACAAGUAACACGAGACGAGUUUUUGAGCGAGGAAUACUUAGACUGUGACUCAUGCGAUGAGGUUGAUGAAUAG